GUUGGACUCCAUUUCCCAUGAUGCCAUCGCCCCACCCUCCGUUUCGCAGAGUUCCCGGUGCCGUGGGGGUGACGGUUUGGUUUUGGGGCUCGGGGAUGGGUGAGGUGUUUGGAUCCUCCUUACUCGAUCUAUGUGUGUGCUCUCUGGUAAAAUCAUUUUCUAGGUAUGCUACUGAUGUGCAAAGUCUGCCACCAAAUCUGAAAGACAAAUUAAUUAAAAUAAUGAGCUUGCAGGGAAUUAUUACAGAUGAAAACAUGAGUCAGGUGUUACACCCAGGCCUCCAGAAACUGGAUCUCCGUGACUGCAACAUUACAGAUCAAGGGUUGCUCAUGCUUCAGAUUUGCACUCAGCUGAGGGAAAUUAACUUGAGUUCCAGUGAAUGCAAGCUCUCUAUAACCUCUGAAGGUUUAAAAGUUAUUGCUUCAUCCUGUCCCCACUUGUCAGAAGUGUGUCUCAGAAGAUGCCAGAAUGUUUCAGAUGAAGGGAUUGUAGCCCUCGCACAACGAUGCAGAAUGCUACAGAUAAUCAAUAUCAGUGGCUGCUUAGGAAUCACUGAUGCCAGCUUGCAAGCACUGGGGAAGAACUGCAGGUUUCUGCACAGUGUUGAUUUUUCAGCCACAAAGGUUUCUGAUGCUGGUGUUAUUGGGUUGGUGAAUGGAGUGUGUUCACAUAAUUUAAAAGAGAUUCAUAUGGACCGUUGUGUGAACCUGACAGACGAAGCAGUGGAAAGCGUGCUUAUCUUCUGUCCCCAUAUUUUCAUUCUUCUUUUCCAUGGUUGCCCACUUAUCACAGAUCGUUCAAGAGAAGCUCUGCAACAAUUAGCCUACCCCAACCAAAUGAAGCAAGUGACGUGGACUGUUUACUGAAUUUUCUUUUUUUUAAAGCCUUUGUUUAAUAGAUGGUAACUAAUGUGUUCUGUAAUUUUCAU